AUGUCCCAACCCCCCGGCGCUGCCGACCUGGAGGGUGUGGAGCAGGAGGUGGCUGCCAUUUUAACCGUGCUUGGCUUUUCGGUCCAGAUUGAGAAGCUCCUGCAACCAGAUGUCGAUAAAGCGAUGCAGCAUCCUUUACAGAGGCGGAUUGUGCACUUCGCGUGCCAUGGUGUGGCCGAUCCGCUUCAUCCCGCGGACAGUGGUUGCUUCUGUAAACAGCCACCGCCACCCAUCGCCACCCCUCAGCAACAGAUUCUGACCGCGCCCGGGCUCCGGGCUCCGAGACCCCAGGAUGAACACCUCCCUGUCGUCAGCAGCUUUUAA